AUGAGCGCCAUUAGAAAAGACUUUUCUGUCACAUAUAAAGCCAACAUUGUGGCGAAUAUAAACACAUUUCAUCAUAUCCACGACUUGACGUCGUUAGUGCUUGGGUCGUCCUCGGGUAUUCUCCAGCUGGAAUCGUACCAUGGACUGAUAUAUUUUCUGGUGACAAACAUCAUUGUUACUUUGGCCUUUUUUGUGGUGAUUUUAAGUGGCAAUUUGAAGCUGAUACCGAAGUAUUACGAAAAGGGCUUGCCAGGCCUGGUGUUCGAGGGACUUUCCAGAUCGCUGGCGGGAUUCUUUAUGAUGUGGUGUUUGACCACUGCGUUGAUAUCUACAUGA